AUGUCCUUCCUCAAGGCCUUCGUCGCACUGGCGGCCAUCUCGCCCGUCGCCGAGGCCCGCCUGAUGUCCAGGGCGGCGAACAUCGCUCAAGGCGUCCAGAUGAUGAACAUGGCUGCCGAAGACCAGCAGAUCAGGCUUCAGGUCGGCAUCAAGAUGCAGAACAUCGACAAGCUGGAACCGACGCUCCGGGACAUCUCCGACCCGGACAGCCCCAACUACGGCAAGUACCUGACGGCGGCCCAAGUCAACGACAUGUUCAAGCCGGCCGAGGCCUCUGUCGCCGCCGUCCAGACCUGGCUGGCCAAGGAGAACGUCAGCGACGUCUCUUACACGGAAGGCGACCGCUUCGUCAACUUCGCGACCGACGUCGCCACCGCCAACAGGAUGCUCGGCGCGAGCUUCGCCUACUACGACGUCCAGGGCACCAUGAAGCUGCGCACCAAAGAGUACUCCGUCCCGGACGCCAUGGCGGAGCACAUCGAGCUCGUCACGCCCACGACCUACUUCGGAACCACCAAGUCGGACCCGGCCAUCACCAACGUGGCGCUGCCGCUCACAUCCGCGCCCCUCGCCCGCAGACAGGCCCCCGGACCCGGCGCCGCGACCAACUGCUCCAGGGUUUUCACGCCGGCCUGCUUCGAGCUGGCCUACAACUACGGCGCCUACCAGGCCGACCCGGCGGCGGGCAGCCGCGUCGGCUUCGCCAGCUUCCUCAACCAGUCGGCCCGCCAGGAGGACCUCACCACCUUCCUGAACAGGUUCCAGCUGCCGAGCCAGAACUUCACCAGCGUCCUCAUCAACGGCGGGCAGGACCACCAGGACCCCAACGGCGCCAUCGGCGAGGCGAACCUCGACGCCCAGAUCAUGGCCGCCACGGUCAAGUCCCUGCCGAUCACGCAGUACAUCACCGGCGGCUCGGGGCUUCUGGUGCCCAACCUGAACAGCCCGACCCAGGCGGACAACCAGAACGAGCCGUUCCUCGACUUUUACCAGUUCAUGAUGACGCAGGAGAACGACAAGAUCCCGCAGGUGCUCUCCGUGUCCUACGGCGACGACGAGCAGACCGUGCCCAUCGAGUACGCCACGCGCGUGUGCAACCUCAUCGGCAUGAUGGGCCUGCGCGGCGUCACCGUGCUCGAGUCCAGCGGCGACACGGGCCUCGGCGCGCCGUGCCGCGCCAACAACGGCAGCGACGCCGUCCAGUUCACGCCGCAGUUCCCCGCCUCGUGCCCGUACAUCACCGCCGUGGGCGGCACGCAGGCGUUCGGCCCGGAGCGCGCCUGGAUCGCUUCCGGCAGCGGCUUCAGCAACUACUUCAAGCAGGCGUGGUACCAGGAGGGCGCCGUGAACCAGUACCUCCUGAGCGGCAUCUCGGCCGACACCAAGGCCUAUUACCAGCCCUUCACCAACUUCAGCGGCCGAGGGUUCCCCGACAUCGCGGCACACUCUGCCAGCCCUCCGUUCGCCGUCGUCGCCGCCAGCAAGCUCAUGGGUACGGGCGGCACUUCGGCCUCCUCCCCGUUGGUCGGCGGUUUGAUCGCGCUUCUCAACGACGCCCGGAUCCGCGCGGGCCAGCCGACCAUGGGCUUCAUGAACCCGUGGCUCUACAAGAGGGGCUUCAAGGGAUUGACGGACGUUACCGCGGGCGGCGCAAAGGGGUGCACCGGUAUCAAUCUGCAAUCGGGCAAACCUGUGCAGGGUGCCGGCGUCAUCCCCUUCGCAACGUGGAACAGCACGCAAGGAUGGGAUCCCGUGACGGGACUGGGAAUUCCCAACUUUGAGGAGAUGAAGAAGAUAGCUCUGGCGAAAUAA